AUGGUAGCGGGCGGUGACACGGUGGACAAAGACAGCGUCUUCGCCAACUACAAGUCAGUGUUUUCGCGUCAGUUCGCUGUCUCCUUGGCCGUGGAGUUUGUGGGUGUGAUGUUUUUUCAGAUCCUUGGAGGCACCUCUGCUCCAAAGUACGCCCCUUUUGUGAACGGCUUCGCUUUGGCUGUGUGGAUCUAUGUUGCAGCCAAUAUCAGCGGUGGUCACCUGAACCCUGCGGUGAGCUUCAGCACCGCCGUCUGCGGCUUCUACCCCGUGAUCCACACCGUGAUUUACAUUGCCCUUCAGAUCAUCGGCGCCAUUGUAGGGGCCUGGGUCUCUGCUGGGUUGGUACCUGGAGCCGGCAACAUGAUUGGCACUGGGGCCACGGGCCCAGGAUGCUUCGACCGCAGCGUGAUCAAGGACGUCACGGACGAUCAAGUCUUCGGCUGGGAGUGUGUCAUGACUUUCACCCUCAUCUCCUGCGUCUACGCCUGCGGCGUGGCAAAGCCUGGCCACGGCAGCCACACACCCUUCGCUGUGGGCCUCGCCUUGUUGGCUUGCGCAGGCUCUGGUGGACAAUACACCGGCGCAGCCCUCAACCCGGCACGCGUGUUGGGUCCAAUGGCCGUCUUUCAGUGUGGCAAAGACGUGGCAGGCCUCUACAUUGCGGGCCAGUUCGUGGCAGCGAUCCUUGCCAUGUCAGUGUUCGCGUUUGUCUCUGGUCUUGGACCGCUGAACCCUUGGAUCGCCAAGAGGGCCCUGAAACUCUCUUGGCCUGAGGCUAUCUACCUGUGGAUCACCGGAUCUCCACCCAGCCGUCUCCAGAAGACCGGCCGUGAGAAUAUCAAUGACUUCAUGCAGCAGUUCAAUGACUUCUACAACAGUGAGGAGACCGUCGAGAAGCCCAAGUCCCACAUCUUCAACGUGGAGCGCUUCUUCGGCAUCCGUAAGCAAGCCACCCAAACUGAGGCUGCAGAGCUAGAGUGA